GUCCCUGAACGCAACACGUCAGCCGUCUGCCGCCUGUUGCCGCUCUGCAGUCUGUUGAACCCGCAGCUCAUUAGCGGGGCCAGAGCCCGCUGGAUUCAGACUCUGCGCCUCCUUCUAACGGAGUUCCUGCUCCUGAGAGCGCUCCUCCGCUGGACUCCUCCGGCCUCUGAGGCGAUGCAGCGUGCGGCUGCGCAGUCCACAGUCUGACAUGGAGAAAAGCUCAGCAGAAGAUGACUGCGUGGACUCUGGAGCUGAAACUGGAGGGUCUGAUUACAGUCCCCUGUCAUCAACGAGCAGUGGAGGUGAGUUAUCCAUGGGAGACCUCCAGGACCCGUUCCUCGUCAGCAUUCACCUCAUCGCCGACCCUGGUCAGGGCAAGUUUCUGCAGCGGGCUGCCGAUGCCGUGCUGUCGUGGGUUCACCCCGAGCUGCAGCUCUUCAGAGUCUCUGAACGGGCCUCCCCUUCCCAGCGGCCGCGCCAGAAGCCCCAUCAGAGCAGCAGCCCGUCUGCGACCUGUCAGCCGGCCAUGGCGGUCAUCCUAUUCCUCCAGGAGGCCUAUGGUGGUGAAGAACACAUACUGAUGCUGCACCACACUUUGCAGCGGCCACCUUGGCGUUACCACCACACUGAAAAGGUCAGCAAUGGCCGCCAAAUGCUGCCACUGACCCCUUGCAGUCAGGACUUUUUCACUCUGGCUCCAGGAACGCCGCUCUGGGCCGUGAGGCAGGUUCACUACGGCAAGGAAAUCGUGCGGUUUACAAUUUACUGCCUUCAUGAAAACUACACGGACAUGGUUCGGCUCUACAAGCUCCUGCUUCAGCGACGGGUGGCGCAGAAGAAGGAGGACUUCUGCUUCUUUGUGGUGUACUCCAACCCUGAUAUGGAAAUCCAGCUGUCAUUCAAGAGGCUCCCCCGAGGCCACAGUCCUGUGGUGCUGGAGUCAGCGGUGAUGGAGGUGAGAGUACGGGACGUUGGAGAACUGGUGCCACUGCUGCCACACCCCUGCAGCCCCAUCAGCGAGGUCCGCUGGCAGACCGAAGACUACGAUGGAAACAAGAUCCUGUUGCAGGUCCAAGGUGCAUACCUCAGACACAGACAGGAUCCCUGCCACAUAUCAUCCACCGCCCCAGAAACGGCCUCAGCCCCACCCUCCCAAAAGAUCCGCCGUCACCAUCAGAGGGUGCUGUGCCGGCCCAGAGUCCACCACAACUUCCACAAGUCCCUGCCUCCUGGCGGCGGCGACGAGCAGGACGAGCAGGAGCAGUGGCCCGACCUGCACGGCUUUGACAGCCAGAGGUCGCAGUGGAGGGGUCACCGCUCCAGCUCCCUCUUCUCACUCCCCAACCUGGGCUCAGCCAGCUCCCACUCCAACUGCUCCUCCCCGGGCCCCUCCUCCACACCCCACACGAGGAGCCACUCCCUCAAAAGAAGCCCCUCCCUCGUACCCCCGUUCCGUCUCAACGUGGACGCUCUGAUCGGGGCGGAGGAGACGGAUGUGGACACGGGGAUCAAAGUGAACCUUGGCAGCAGCGUGGAUCUCUCCGUGGUGUCUGCAUACAUCGAGUCCAGCCUGGCUCAGACGCCUCGGCCGCUAUCGGCCCCGCCGGAGGACGUCGGCCCCCCUCUGUCUCCUGUCAUUCUGCAGAACAAAUACAAGUCGGCCACACUGGGACGAACUCCUAACGGCUCCUCCGUCAAAAGCACUCCCCCUGCUUUGUUGGGGUCACGUCCACAAAACACCAGCAGCCUGAGCCCAAGCGCUGCUCCAUCAUCAAGUGACAUUUCCAUGAACGAGUCGGACAGCUGCAGCAUCGUCAGCGCGCCCGCUGACGAGCCGGCCAAGAUCGAAGAAGACCAGGAAUUCUACAUUUGAACCCUUUUUAGUGAAGACGAUGCUCUCCGGCCAGUAGUGAUGCAAGUCAGAGCUGAGAUGCUUCACAGCUCCAUGCUGCUCUCUAGUGACUGAUAGUUGAACUGCAGGAACAAAUUCAUUUUGUAAACAUUUUCUUCUGUGCAGAUCAGAGCUUUGUAAAUGUCAUAUAUUAAAACUUUUAUAGACCGAUCACAAACUUGUGAGAUAAGACUGUACAUUUAAAAAUAUCUUUACUGUGCUACAUAGAAGGUCAUGCAACUGUUUGGUUUAUUUAUACAUUAGGCGGCUGAUUUUCCAAGAUGUAUUAGAUACUGUAACAUAUGUAGUUUGUUGUAUCUGCAGUAUGUGGACACAAAUUCAAAUUAAUUUUUUGCAGACUUGAAGUACAUAGCUUGUCAUGUGUUUGUUUUUUAAUCAAAUACUGGUUUCCACUCUCAUGGCUCUGCAUAUAACAUAAAUUAUGAUCAAAGGUGAUCAAGCAUUGAGGAGCAGUGGGGAUACACAGGUGUGUCCAUUGAGCAGUUUAAAAAUGCCCUUUUGUGCAGUCAGAAAAUGUUUUUAUACUUGUAAAAGCAGCUUUUUCGUGUUUAAAAUGUGCUUUAAUAUUGGUAAACUGAUGCAUUUUUUUACUUUUAGUGCAAAUAAAGCUCCAGUAUUGUUAACAGGCA